AUGGCAGAUGAACAGUUGCUGUUUGGGAGCUCUUGCCCAUUGCUGUGUGAAGUUGGGACGUCUACAGAGAACAAUGAGAGCAGUGGCUGCAGGAACUCUUCAUCUGAAAAAGCAUCAGAAGAUACUGGCCAGGCAGGUCAACAGCAUAUGGCUUGGGCUGAGAAGCGGGCGCACGCAUGCGCUCCAGCGGCUCCUUUGGAGGGCCCGGGCUCACGUGACUCCGCGCGGUCACAUGGCUCUUCAGACAACAUGGCUGCGCCCGGCUCGGGGCUGACUCGGCCACGCCGGGUCCCGCUGCUGCUGCUCCUGCUGCGGCCGCUGAUCAUUGGGGCAGUGGGGGCGGCCCGGGGCCUGGGCUCCGAGGCCGGACCCGCCGCAGCCGACGCGGUCCACGCGGCGGGGACAUGCGGCUGCGGCUCUCCCCAGCGCCCCGGGACGGCGGCGCACAGAUACUCCCGGGAGGCGAAUGUGGUGGAGCGGGCCUCCUUCGAACGGCCGGUGCUGCCCCCGCAGAUGGCCCACAUUCCUGCGGGUGUGUUUACGAUGGGCACAGAUGAUCCUCAAAUAAGUCAGGAUGGGGAAGGACCUGCCAGAAGGGUCAGAAUUAACUCCUUUUACAUGGAUUUGUACGAAGUCAGUAAUGCUGAAUUUGAGAAAUUCGUGAACUCCACUGGCUAUGUGACAGAGGCUGAGAAAUUUGGCGAUUCAUUUGUCUUCGACAGCAUGUUGAGUGAUCAGGUGAAGAGGGACAUCCAUCAGGCAGUUGCAGCUGCUCCAUGGUGGUUGCCUGUUAAAGGAGCUAAUUGGAGACAUCCAGAAGGCCCUGAUUCUACUAUUCUGCACAGACAGGAUCACCCAGUUCUCCAUGUCUCCUGGAAUGACGCGGUUGCAUACUGCACUUGGGCUGGAAAGCGGUUACCCACUGAAGCCGAAUGGGAAUAUAGCUGCAGAGGGGGCCUUGAGAAUAGACUUUAUCCAUGGGGCAACAAGUUGCAGCCAAAAGGUCAACAUUAUGCCAACAUUUGGCAAGGAGAAUUCCCUGUGAGCAACACUGGUGAAGAUGGCUACCGAGGAACGGCACCUGUUACUGCCUUUCCUCCAAAUGGGUAUGGUCUGUACAACAUAGUGGGGAAUGCAUGGGAGUGGACCUCAGACUGGUGGACCAUUCAUCAUUCUGUUGAUGAAACCCUUGAUCCUAAAGGGCCCCCGUCUGGGAGUGACCGAGUGAAGAAGGGAGGAUCAUACAUGUGCCAUAAGUCCUAUUGUUAUAGGUAUCGCUGUGCUGCCCGCAGCCAGAACACACCAGACAGCUCUGCUUCUAACCUCGGGUUCCGCUGUGCCUCCAGCCGUCUCCCGGAUACAUGAUAAAAGUCAAGGAGGGGAGGAGGCCUCGUGUGCCAGUCAGCAGAAGAAUGAUGUCCAGCCUGCACCGGGCUUCCUGGAGAGCUUUGAAGUGACCAAUCUCUUGUCAGAUGAAAUUGCCCAACUUUUGGUAGUUUCUGCACCCAUUAGCUGCCAGCCAAAGGACCCUUCCUUCCCUGCGAGAUCCAAUCACUGACACAAGGUGUUAGUAGCCAAUGUUUUAUUAUUGUGGUUUGUCUUUGAAGAGACCUGCAAUUUUAUUGUUAUUUUGGGGGGCAGUCUUUAAAGAGAAGACUUUUGAUUUCAGAAGAAGAAUCUAUGACAGAUUUAUUUUUUAGCUAAGAUGUUUUUACAUAUGUGAGCCUUGUGGGAUAUUAAUCAUGUAAAUCAGAGUUGUCUUAUGUCAGGCUUCAUUCUGGGGGAGGCGGGACAUAGUACUUUGUAUUCAUUAGCACUUUUUCUUCUUCAAGGAAAUCCAAGGAUGGUAUAUUGUGAUUGUGCCUCCCACUUGGGAGAAUGGGACAGCGGGAUCCCAUUUAGCUCAGUGUGAUUCUGUAGUGCUGUGUCUUUUAAACAUGAAGUGCCUUUAGUUUGGAGGGGCAGCUGUGUACUCAUGCCCCAUUUUUCCUUUUGCCAGUCUUUGGUGAAUGUGACAUUCAAGGUCUGUAGUCAGACCUAGUUCAUUCUAAAUAUGGGAAUGUUGGUGAAUGGCCUUGAAUGAACCAAGUUCAGAUGGUCCAGUAUUCUUAAUCAAAGAAUAAUAGGACAUCUAGUAGGCUUUGGAAUAAUAGAUACUUGGAAUUGUGCUCUAUUUUGAAUAAAUCAUUGUAGGCAUAAUGGGGCUUUAAUUG